GUGUGUCAGCCCAGUCCUUCCUCCACUGCUUCACACUGGCCAGUGCUGCCUUCAACAUGCAGGUGGCCACCCCUGGGGGGAAAGCCAUGGACUUUGUGGACGUGACCGAGAGCAAUGCACGCUGGGUUCAAGACUUCCGCCUCAAGGCCUAUGCCAGCCCUGCCAAGCUGGAGUCUAUCGAUGGUGCCCGCUACCAUGCUCUCUUGAUCCCCAGCUGUCCUGGUGCCCUGGCUGACCUGGCCAACAGUGGGUCCCUGGCUCGCAUCCUGCAGCACUUCCGCUCUGAGAGCAAGCCUAUCUGUGCCAUUGGCCAUGGUGUUGCUGCUCUGUGCUGUGCCACCGGCGAGGACAGGUCCUGGGUGUUCCAUGGCUAUAGCCUGACAGGGCCCUCCGUGUAUGAGCUCAUCAGGGCCCCUGGCUUCGCCCGGCUGCCGCUAGUCGUGGAGGACUUUGUGAAGGACUCAGGUGCUGGUUUCAGUGCCAGUGAGCCUGAUGCUGUGCACGUGGUGCUGGACCGCCACUUGGUCACCGGGCAGAAUGCCAACUCCACCAUCCCCGCUGUGCAGAACCUGCUGUUCCUCUGUAGCAGCCGGAAAUAAGUCUGCCAGCAGACACUGCCCCUGUGAUGUGGCCCAGGUGUCCUCAGAGGCAGCUGGACUCCCUCUGGCUCCAAGGAUUCCAUUGUUCCCUGCGACUGGGCCAUGUCCGGGACUCGUGUCUGGGAAUUGGCCCCAGGGCUGUCUGCUGUCUGGAGAGGCCCUGCCUUCCUGGCCCCUUGGCUCCUGGCAGUGGCUCAGGGUCGACCCUGAGUGCUGGUGGCUGAUUAGUUCUGAGAAUUCCGAGUUUUACAUUCCUGGGAACUGGUUGGUGUGUGGAGCAGAAGCAGCUGUGGGUAUCUAAGAAUAACAGCCCCACCCUUUAGCCCUUGCCCCGUGGGAGGCUCAGGAUGUCUCCCCUGUGCCUGGGGUGAACAGGGUUUGAUCCAGCCGCAGCCCCACAUUCCUGCUGCAGGAGGAGAGGCCCUCGCUGAGCCUGGGAUGGUGCUGGGGCCUUCAGUGGACGCAGUGAUGUAACCGUGGCCCAUGUGGCAUUGAGAGAAUCACACCGUGAGACUCUUAGAAGAACCACUCCCAUGAUGCCCAGAGCUUGGCUCCACCUGCAGAAGCAGCCGCGGGUGGCUUGGGUCCUGUUGAGAUGGGAAGGCUGCGUCCUGGCGGCGUAGGCCCGGGACAGGCCUUGGUUGGGGCAGAGGCCACAGAGUGGCUGCCCUCCUGGACGCAGCUCAUUUGCUUUCCUAUCCUACCCCCAAGCAGCUGCUGGCUCUGAGUCAGGCUCCGCAGAAGCUCAGCACCCCGGUUGGAGCCUCCCCCUUCCUCCUGAUCCUGUACUCAGCUUGACUGGCUCUGCCACAGCUAUCCCCAGGCACAGGGCUGGCUCUUGUGACAGAGAUGUGGGUGGGAGGACCCACGAUUCUACACUGUCAGUGAGGAAAUUCAGGAUCCAGUGGAGGAAGACAGUGAGGCAGCCCCCCUGCCCCCGAAGUGUCCUCGCCUGCCCCUGCUUCCAGCAAGACAGAGGCUGCUGUAGGCCUUGUGUGGCCCAGUCUGCUGUGUGUACAUCUUGACAAAACUUUUCAGAAAUCUGA